GUAGUGAUGGAGACCACGUGAUGAAAUAUUCAGAGCAGGCACGCGACAGGAGGUACUCAAAAGUCUCCUGAAAUGAGUGUCGUAGACGUGCAAUUGUGACUGUUGUAAGUUCUCAAUAAGUGAGGGGAAGCUGUUUGGCCUGGCGCCAGGUUCCCCUGCUGGGGUACUACUUUGUUGUCACACGCGAGUUUUCCGGAUGCUUUCGUCUGUCCUCGUGCUGUAAUUCCAAGUCCGACUCUGAUCUUCUUUUUUUUUCCAGAAAAGUCCACUGAGGGUGUGUUGCUGAUAAACAUUAAAGCUCAGACGGUGGCCUGCAUACCUGAGGGACUCCCUCUCCUUCAUCUCCCAUCAGAGUCGAAACUGCAGUCAGUUCAUCGCACGCGGAUGGAUGUCUCGAAUUGUUCUCUACGCCAUGUGGGCGCACAUACAGGUAGUCUCGCUGAAAGUUGACCAUUGACAACAACCCGACCAGAUAAAGAAAAGAUCCAUGCAGAGAUGUUUCAGAUAGAGCUGCACUGUAACUAUCAGCCUCUCCACCCUGACACCGUAUCUCUCAUUCAACAUCUUCCAGCUGUGACCGAAGGAUUUCCUCUGGGGCUGAAAUCAGAGCGUUUGCCCAAUGAGACAGAGAGGAUCAGCCCUGGUCGUGAUGAGUGUCCCCUGUUUUUUGUCCUCUGCUGCUCGAAGCCUCAGCAUCCAGAGCCCCACUGCUGGUCUGUUCUGUUGCCGACUGCUUGGCUCCAGCUCGGGAUCAAGGAGAAGUAUGUCCUCCAAACGGCAGAUGGACCAUCUAGAGAGAACGGCAAACAACUCCAGACAUAAUGCUCUGUAUCCGGCUGAAGUCAGCGGCAUUUUGAAUGAAUCAGAGACGGUGAAACGCUUGAGACUAGCUGUUCAUCCAGACUUCAGUUUCAAGGCCGGACAGUGGGUGGAUUUUUUCAUCCCUGGUGUGGAGACUGUUGGAGGUUUCUCCAUGUGCUCCAGUCCAGGUUUGCUGCAGAGGGAGGGCAUUGUCGAACUGGCCGUUAAAUACGCAAAACACCCUCCAGCACACUGGGUUCACACCACGUGUAAAGUCGGCUCCCGGGUAGCGAUGCGUGUCGGUGGAGACUUUUUCUUCAACCCUUCGCCCUCUGACCCCUCUGUGGAUCUGCUGCUGGUGGCCGGCGGUGUAGGGAUCAACCCCUUGUACUCCAUUCUGUUGCACACGACAGAUCUACUGCGUCUCAACCAGGCAUCAGGUGGACGGGACUACAACAUAGGCUCCGCCCACCUGUGCUACAGCGCCAAGAACACACAGGAGCUGCUCUUCCAGAACUCCAUCAUUGAAGCGUGUCGGGAGUUCCCUGACAAGCUCUCCUGCGACUUCCACGUCACGCAAGAGAGCACAGAUGUUGACCCGCACCUCCAGCCAUUCCUCAGCCGUGGAAGGAUCACAGAGGAGGAGUUGCGGGCUCACAUGGACCCGCAGAGGACUUUGUGCUUCCUGUGCGGGCCGCCGCCCAUGAUCGAAGCAUUUUCAAAAACCCUUACAGACCUCGGCCUCCCAGGAGACAGAAUCCUCUUUGAGAAGUGGUGGUAGGACGUCAGGAACCUGCAGAGUUCCCCUGCUGGCUGGUGCUCCUCUAUCAGUCUACUGAGGGAACAUGUUUGGAGGUGUGUUGUGAAUUCAGAGAAACUGGAAUAUUCCACUGGUAUGGACUUAAAUAAAUAUAAACGGUGAAAGCUUGAGGAAAUACACCCUCCGAUCCUGCUGCUGCAACCUGUGCCUGAUCUGUGAUGGACCGCUGGGACCGCCCACUCUUUAUCCAGCAGCUGACUCGCAAAGACAACAGAGAUGAUUUUAUUUCUUAGAAUCUGAAAGGACGACUGAACAACUGUACAAUCUCAACUUUAGCAGGAUGUCUUUUAGCUCACUGCCUUAAUGAAUAUUGAAAUUAUUGUGAUAGACAGAAUGUGUUGUUACAUCUUCAAAUCUUAACUCAUUCCCUCUCUUUAUUUGCUGCCUGAGGAUUUGAUGGAGCAAAAUCAUAGGUGAUGUGUACCUAUGCAAACAUUUCUUCCAGCAACAAUCAGACAUUUUUGGAAAACACACUAAAUCUCUUUCUACCUGGAGUCUGAUAAGAAGAUCAUCAUUAGCAUUCUUUUAGUCGGCUAAGCUUAAAACAAGCUGUCCAGCUUCAUCCAAUGGUAACAGACUUUACAUCCAAACUACCUUCAGGAAGUGAAGACAUGUUGUUUUUAGUGAUGUAAUAAGUGAGGGAUAAUGUAUGGUGAGCAGGUUGUUAUAGUGGAUUGUAACCUUAUCUGCAUUCUACUAUAAAAAACCCUUUCACUGUACAUCAUCCUGCUUAUUACACAACUACCCACUUAAUGAAUUGAUCAUUUUACAAACUGACACCCAGUUAACCUAUCAGCGGAUUGAUAUGACUACAGCGAGUCCUCGGCGUCUGGGAUUAGAGCAGUUGUCUGUUUUCCACAAAUAACAUGCUGUUGCUGUGCAGCAUUGACCAAUCAAAAUCAAGUAUUAAACACAGCUGUGUAAUAUCAAAGUAUACCUUUUAAGAUGAUAUGCAUUAAGGCAGAUUUUGACAGAUAUGAGUGUGCAAUGAUCUUUUGUCUUUUUGAAAAUGCCAACUUUUAUUUUGAAGUCCUUCAAACAUAGAAGAUCAGGGCAAACAAUAGCAACCUGUACUGUAAUUUAACACUGUUCAUUAAGUGUUUAAUGAGUGACUUAUUUUCUUCAGUUGAAAUACCUCCACUUGUUUUAUGAGAUGUGUUUUUAGAAAUGUUUCACUCUGUAUGUAUACCUAUUGAAAUAAUUCUUAUUUAUUUGCAGAGCUGUAGAUGUGAAGUUGUUUGACUGAGUAACUUUGGAGCAACUGUUUCUCAUUUCACUCACAAACUUCACACGUCGUAUAUUUUUAGAGUCAUGGACUUCACAUUCUCCCACAUACUGGCCAGUGUCCCUGCCUGGUUUGCGCACCCUCACCGUUACAUGCGUACAGUGCCUAGCUCACAUGCACAUUUAACUCAAUCACCCACAUCCACAUACCUAUUAACAUGGUGAAGUGAAUAUCCCAUGGUGCACUGUAAUGGAACCUCCAGGUGGUCUCUGAUUGGCUCGGAUCACUGAACAUCCCUCGGAGAUGGGAGCGAGCUUCUUGUUGUCGUCUCUCAGUAGGGGUUCAUGCUCUUGAGACUCAUUUUUGAGUUGUUUCUGCGUUUCUUCCUCUUGUGAGGAAAUAAAGGAAAUUGAGUCAG